AUCGCUCUCUCUCUCUCUUUCUUUCUCACCCUCCCCAUCACUUUCUGCAUCAGCUUUAGUCAGACUAGAAGGGAGUUACUGGGUCCACUGUCAGGCACUAGAUCCUCCAAGCUACAGGAUCAUUAACCUUUUAACGGAAUAUUUUCUUUGGUUCUACUUUUCUUUCCGUCUUCCUUCACUAUCUUCAUCAUUAUCAUUCUCUCCCUCCUCCUCUUCCUCAUCUUCCUCCUGCUGUUCUUCUCUUUCCUGCUUCCACACCCUGCCUCUGGGAAGAGGAAAGGCACCAUUCACGCAGCAUAGCGGUGGGAGUGGACCUCAGCGUGUGUAUCUGUGGGUGUGUGUGUGAGUGCGCUCGUGUGUUUGUGAGUGUGGGGGAGCGUCAACCUCUCCAGUCCUCUACACUCUGUCUGAGUGGAACAUCCCUUUUUGUAUGGACUUUUAUAUGGCUUUGAGACUUGCAGCACUGAAAGCAACACCACUGCCCAAGCUCUACAUGUUGGACUAAAACACAGCUCAGGAAAUCUUUAGCCCAAGAUGAGUGAGGAAGCUAAAGAUAAAAGCACUGGCAAACCAGUGCAUCGGAAGAAAAAAGGAAAAAAGUCGGACAGCAAUGCCAGUUACCUGCGAGCAGCGCGGGCUGGGAACCUGGAGAAAGCUCUGGACUACCUGAAGUCCGGGGUGGAAAUCAACAUCUGCAACCAGAAUGGGUUGAAUGCUCUUCAUCUGGCCUCUAAAGAGGGUCAUGUGGAGGUCGUGGCUGAGCUGUUGAAGCUAGGAGCCAAUGUGGACGCCGCAACCAAGAAAGGAAACACCGCUCUUCACAUAGCUGCCUUGGCCGGCCAAACGGAAGUGGUGAAAGAGCUGGUGACCAAUGGAGCCAAUGUCAACGCACAAUCUCAGAAUGGCUUCACCCCACUGUACAUGGCUGCCCAAGAAAAUCACCUGGAGGUGGUCCGCUUCCUCCUGGAAAACAACUCCAGCCAGAGUAUGGCCACCGAGGACGGGUUCACCCCCCUGGCGGUGGCGCUGCAGCAGGGCCACGACCAGGUGGUGUGUCUGCUCCUGGAGAACGACACCAAGGGCAAGGUCCGCCUGCCCGCCCUGCACAUCGCCGCCCGCAAGGACGAUACCAAGGCUGCCGCCUUACUGCUCCAGAACGACCACAAUGCCGAUGUGGAGUCCAAGAUGAUGGUGAAUAGAACAACAGAGAGUGGCUUCACUCCUCUCCACAUCGCCGCUCACUAUGGCAAUAUCAACGUGGCCACGCUUCUGCUGAACCGAGGUGCCGCUGUGGACUUCAUGGCGAGGAAUGACAUCACACCUCUCCAUGUGGCAUCUAAAAGAGGAAACAGUAACAUGGUCAAAUUGUUGUUGGACAGAGGCUCCAAAAUAGACGCCAAGACCAAGGAUGGACUGACGCCUCUUCACUGUGGCGCAAGGAGCGGUCAUGAACAAGUUGUUGAGAUGCUGCUGGAUCGUGGAGCUCCCAUUCUGUCCAAGACCAAGAACGGGCUGUCGCCACUCCACAUGGCAACUCAAGGGGACCACAUCAACUGUGUCCAGCUCCUCCUGCAGAAUGAUGUCCCAGUCGAUGAUGUCACCAAUGACUACCUUACUGCACUACACGUUGCCGCACACUGUGGACACUACAAAGUUGCCAAGCUUAUAGUGGACAAGAAGGCCAACCCCAAUGCUAAAGCACUGAACGGCUUCACCCCGCUUCACAUCGCCUGCAAGAAGAACCGCAUCAAAGUGAUGGAGCUGUUACUGAAACACGGAGCAUCGAUCCAGGCUGUGACCGAGUCUGGACUCACACCCAUUCAUGUGGCAGCGUUCAUGGGACAUGAGAACAUUGUCAACUCUCUGACACAUCAUGGAGCAUCGCCCAACACCACCAAUGUGAGGGGAGAGACGGCUCUGCACAUGGCGGCCCGGGCGGGUCAGGCUGACGUGGUGCGCUACCUGCUGCAGAACGGAGCUAAGGUGGACACCAAAGCCAAGGAUGACCAGACAGCGCUGCACAUCUCCAGCCGGCUGGGGAAAGUCGACAUCGUCCAGCAGCUGCUGCAUCGAGGGGCCUCCGCCAAUUCUGCCACCACAUCAGGCUACACCCCUCUACACCUCGCAGCCCGCGAGGGCCACGAGGACGUAGCCGCCACGCUGCUGGACCAGGGUGCCUCGCUGUCAGCCUCCACGAAGAAAGGUUUCAGUCCUCUUCAUGUAGCAGCCAAGUAUGGGAAGAUUGAAGUGGCCAGCCUGCUUCUCCAGAAGAGAGCAGCUCCGGAUGCAGCUGGAAAGAGUGGGCUAACUCCACUGCAUGUCGCGGCUCACUACGAUAAUCAGCGAGUGGCUCUACUGCUUCUGGAUCAGGGAGCAUCUCCCCACGCUGCUGCCAAGAAUGGCUACACACCCCUUCACAUAGCUGCCAAAAAGAACCAGAUGGAAAUUGGGACCACCUUACUGGAGUACGGAGCAGACACCAACGCUGUGACCCGCCAGGGCAUCAGCCCUGUUCACCUGGCUGCACAGGAGGGCAGUGUGGACCUGGUUUCCCUGCUGCUUGCCAAGAAUGCCAACGUCAACAUGGGCAACAAGAGCGGUCUCACACCCCUCCACUUAGCGGCGCAGGAAGACAAAGUCAAUGUGGGAGAAGUCCUGCUCAACCAUGGGGCCGAUGUUGACCCCCAGACAAAGAUGGGAUACACUCCAUUGCAUGUGGCUUGUCACUAUGGCAAUGUCAAGAUGGCCAACUUCCUCAUCCAGAACCAGGCCAGAAUAGACUCGAAAACUAAGAGCGGCUACACACCCCUCCACCAGGCGGCGCAGCAGGGCCACACCCACAUCAUCAACCUGCUGUUGCAGCACGGAGCCUCAGCCAAUCAGCUGACCACGAAUGGCAACACAGCCCUGUCCAUAGCCCGUCGACUUGGUUAUAUCUCAGUGGUUGACACUCUCAGGCCGAUGACUGAUGAAACCCUGACCUCAGUGACCGCAACAGAAAAACACAAAAUGAAUGUCCCCGAGACCAUGAACGAGUUUCUGGACAUGUCAGAUGAUGAAGUCAAGGCUAAUGUACGGGAAAUUCUCAAUGAGGACUGUAUUUCAGAUGUUAAUGAAGGUGAAGAUGCAAUGACUGGCGACACUGACAAAUAUCUGAGGCCCCAGGACCUAAAGGAGUUGGGGGACGACUCUCUCCCGCAGGAGGGCUACAUGGGCUUUAGCAUAGGAGUCCGCUCAGCAAGCCCUAGGAUCAGCCUACGCUCCUUCAGUUCGGAUAGGUCCAACACCCUCAACCGCAGCUCCUACGCACGGGACAGCAUGAUGAUCGAGGAGAUCCUGGCCCCAACCAAGGACACGCUUCAGAGUGUCUGUAAAGACCUUUCCUACUUGGUUGACCCUCUUAAUAAGCACCUGGCUGUAACUCGGGACUAUGAUGCAGACUGUCUGAGGCGCUAUAGCUGGACCCCAGACACCAUUGACCACAGCAACACUGUGUCCAGCCCCAUUCACUCAGGCUUGUCCUCCCCGCUCCCUCAGUAUGACUCCAGAUUCCUGGUCAGUUUUAUGGUGGAUGCCCGUGGCGGGUCCAUGAGAGGAAGCCGAAGCAAUGGCAUGCGUAUCAUCAUCCCGCCCCGGAAGUGCACAGCUCCGACCCGGAUCACCUGCCGCCUGGCCAAGAGGCACAAGCUGGCGUACCCCCCGCCCAUGGUGGAGGGAGAGGGCCUCGUCAGCCGUCUGGUGGAGGUCGGCCCUGCGGGAGCCCAGUUUUUGGGACCCGUGAUCGUGGAGAUUCCUCAUUUCGGCUCCAUGCGGGGCAACGAAAGGGAGCUGAUUGUGCUCCGGAGUGACAACGGUGACACUUGGAAGGAGCACCAGUACGACUGUCACCCAAGUGACAUUACGGACAUUCUCAACGGAAUGGACGAAGAACUGGACACGGAUGCGGAGCUGGAGAAGAAGCGGAUCUGUCGAAUCAUCACCAGGGACUUCCCCCAGUACUUUGCGGUGGUGUCCAGGAUCAAGCAGGAGAGUAACCACAUGGGUCCAGAGGGUGGGACUCUGUCCAGCCAGACGGUGCCCAUGGUUCAGGCCUCGUUCCCACAGGGGGCACUUACCAAGAAGAUACGUGUUGGCCUGCAGGCUCAGCCUGUCCCAGACAACAUGGUGAGGAAUCUCCUUGGCAACAGGGCCACCUUCAGCCCUAUCGUUACCGUUGAGCCUAGGAGGAGAAAGUUUCACAAGCCCAUCACCAUGACGAUCCCUGUCCCACCCCGAUCUGCAGAGGGCCACCCCAGUGGACACAGGGGGGACUCCACCCCCUGCCUGCGCCUUCUUUGCAGCAUUACAGGUGGAACAUCUCCUGCCCAGUGGGAGGACAUCACAGGGACCACUCCCCUGUCCUUUGUCACAGACUGUGUUUCCUUCACCACAAACGUGUCGGCCAGGUUUUGGCUUGCGGACUGUCACCAGAUUCCUGAGACGGUCGGUCUGGCCUCUCAGUUAUACCGGGAGCUGAUCUGUGUGCCAUACCUGGCCAAGUUUGUGGUGUUUGCCAAGAUGAACGAUCCUGUGGAGUCACGCCUCCGCUGCUUCUGUAUGACAGACGACAAGGUAGACAAGACUCUGGAACAGCAGGAGAACUUUGAGGAGGUGGCCAGGAGCAAGGACAUCGAGGUGUUAGAGGGCAAGCCUAUCCAUGUGGAUUGCUAUGGCAACUUAUCUCCUCUAAUCAAGAACGGGCAGCAGCUGGUCUUCAACUUCUUCUCUUUCAAAGAGAACCGACUUCCUUUCAAUGUGAAGAUCAGAGACAUAGGCCAAGAACCAUGCGGUCGACUUUCCUUCUUGAAAGAGCCGAAAACCACUAAAGGUCUUCCACAGACUGCUAUAUGCAAUUUAAAUAUCACACUGCCAACUCAUAAGAAGGACAUGAUGGAGUCUGAUCCUGAUGAUGAGACUGAAAAACCAGACCGACGCCAUACCUUUGCCUCCUUAGCUUUGCGUAAGCGCUACAGCUAUCUGACCGACCCUGCAGCGAAAACAACUGAUCGGGGCACGCCGAGAACACAGCCUACUGGCUACACUUACAAACCUGUCUUUUCAACGAGAUCUUAUCAGGCGUGGUCGGCUGUUCCUGUCUCCGUCCCUGGGCAAGCCAAGUCUGGGUUCGGUUCCCACUCCAGUUCGUCGUCCAACACGCCCACUGCCUCUCCACUGAAGUCUGUAUGGUCCAUCACCUCAGCGUCCCCCAUCAAGUCAAACAUAGGGGGCUCACCAGCCCAUUCCAUCAAGUCAGUCAGCGAUGUAGUUUCGCCCAUCAGGUCAUAUAGGACCAUUUCAUCCCCGAUAAAGACUGUAGUUCAGCAGGCCCAGUACCCAGUUCAGGUCACCCCCAGUCUCCUGUCAUCACCAGUCAGAAGUGUUCCAGAUCCCGUUUCCGUCAAGGGACUAGCAGCAUUGUCUGCUAGAACCUCUCCAAUCACCACUGGUGGAGGGUGUCUGCUAGAAAGAUCUUCAAUCGCCAUGACUCCACCUGCUUCCCCCAAAUCCUCACUGAACAUGUACAGUUCAACUCCAUUCAAGGGCGUUAUUGUGAGCACAGGCACUGCGACAUCGUCCUCGCCUAUAAAAACGGUCCCUGGCCUUUCCUCUGUCCGUUCGAGUGCAGACCCUUCAAGCCCCUCAAGGAGUCUCUUUUCCUCCCUUUCCUCACCAAUUAAAUCCAACACUCCUACUGCUGCAGCUCUGAUAAAUGGAACAGUUUCUCCUACGAAGUACCGGUCCUCCUCGCCCACGUCCAUACUCUCUAGUAGCUUACAGGAGAGGAUACAGGCAACCACCAAUGCGGCAACAACAAGCGUUAAUGCAGCCUUUGACGAGGUUGAAAAAACUUUCACUUCCUGCUCUGCCUCCGGAUAUGGCACUCUCAAGUCCAUGUCCUCUUCAGCGUCAUCCUCUUACCAAUCCAUACGAUCCUCAGCCUCUAGUUCCCUAUAUGCCUCUCUAAGGUCCCCUCCGAACUCGACCACCACUGUUACGUCUGGCACCAUGACUGUCCCAGUGUAUUCAGUUAUAAAUGUGUUGCCAGAGCCCCAAUUUAAAAAGCUCCCUGAGGUAUCAAAGUCAACCGCUGCCCUCUUGUCACCUCGGAAAACGAUGCCGAUUGAGACAAACUCUCAAACCCAGUCUUCCUUCAACAGAACUCUGUCACCUGUCAAAUCCCCCUUAUUCAUGUCCCCGUCUGCCCUAAAAUCCACCGCCCCAUCCCCACUGUCCUCCAGCCAAGAGAUACUGAAGGAUGUGGCAGAAAUGAAAGAGGACUUGAUACGUAUGUCUAAUAUCUUGCAAACAGAACCAAGUUCAGCUUCCAAAGGUUUCCAGUCUGACUCUCCCAAAGAGACCAAAAUAGAGGACGAGGAGCCUUACAGAAUUGUAGAGAAAGUGAAACAGGACCUGGUCAAAGUUAGUGAGAUACUGACGAAGGAUACAGUGAAGGAUAGCAAGAUGGGUUUUAAAAUGAAUUUAACAGAUGAGGCGCAAUUCUCUAAACAUGCUCCAGUGGAUCCCCAGCAAAGCAAUUGGAGUUAUCCACCAAGAUAUGAGACUGUGGUCCCUCAAAUUAAGACUAAGACUAUACCAGACAGAGAUUUCAAUCUAUCGAAGGUAGUAGACUAUUUGACAAAUGAUAUUGGCAGUAGUUCUAUCUCAAAAAUUGCAGAUACAAAGCAUAGAUCUGAUGAGGUUAGAAGAGAGGGAGAGGAGAAACAGAAACGUAUGCUUAAACCUGAGCACAAGCUAAAAAUGCCACCUGCAAACAUGCGUUCCUCUGCCUCUGAAAAAGAGCUCUGCAAAUUAGCAGAUGUGCUAUUUGGACCUGACACCAUGUUAGAAUCUCCAGAUGACAUCUCCCAUGACCAGGACAAGAGUCCCCUUUCAGAUAGUGGCUUUGAGACAAGGAGUGAAAGGACACCCUCUGCUCCACAGAGUGCAGAAGGCAUGGGGCCUAAGGCACUUUUCCAGGAUAUUCCACCAGUAAUUACUGAGACAAGGACUGAGGUUGUUCAUGUUAUUAGGAGUUAUGAGUCUCCUGAAGACAACAAACAACCAAUGAUGGAGGAUACACGGGCAGUUAGAUACAUUGAUGCUGAAUCCAAAGGGAUCAGUGCAUCCAAUGUAGACCAGUCGAAAGCAUUUCAGUUAAAAAUCAGCCCAGAGGAUGACUCAGUGGGCAAAGGUAUGCGGGUGAAGGAAGAGACCCACAUCACGACUACUACUCGAAUGGUCUACCACAAACCCCAGAGUAAAGAGAAUACUUCAGAGAGAAUAGAGGAAUCAAUGUCAGUGCAUGAUAUCAUGAAAGCAUUCCAGUCAGGCAGAGAUCCUUCCAGAGAACUUUCUGGACUGUUCGAGCACAAAGCUAGCAAUGACGACACAUCACAGAGGGUUCUUGAGGAUGUCAACUCAAAACCCAAAGUUGAAAGAAUAAUUGAGGUUCACAUUGAAAAAGGCAACAAAACUGAACCAACGGAGGUCAUCAUCCGGGAAACAAAAAAUCACCCAGAAAAGGAGAUGUACUUUUACCAAGGGAACAGUAGAAUGUCAAAACAGGGCGAAGAGGAGCCUGAAGAAAUGCUCCCCUGUUACCUAGAGUCUUCCAGAGUAAACACACCCGUUUCACAGGAUGAAGACAGUCGUCCAAGCUCUGCACAGCUUAUGGCAGAUGACUCAUACAAAACCCUAAAGCUACUCAGCCAGCACUCUGUGGAAUAUACUGAUGAUGAAUCAUCAGAACUCAGAGGAGAGUCCUACAACUUCGCAGACAAAAUGCUUCUCUCUGAGAAACCAGACACAUCUCACUCUGACACAGAGGAAUAUUUAAGGGACCGGUCUCGUUUUCAUUCCUCAGAUAGUAGUCAUUAUAGUCAGGGAAGGUCUAGUGGACCAAGGCAAGAAUAUGUUUUGAGUUCAUCAAAAACAAACACAUCUGGCCAAAAUGCCAAUGUAGAUGAUAACUUUGACAAACUAACAUUAUUGCAGUAUUCCUCAGAACCAGGUAGCCCAAAGCACUCUGUUUGGAUGCGUGUCACUGAUGACAGACAGAGCAAGAAUAGAGAAAAGAUGAUAUAUGAAGACAGAGUAGACAGAACUGUUAAGGAAGCCGAGGAAAAGCUCAGUGAAGUCUCUCAGUUUUUUCGUGAUAAGACAGAGAAACUAAACGAUGAGCUUUCGUCCCCUGAAAAGAAGUCCCGCAGGUCAGACUUCAGGGAAACCCGAUCAGGGCCAAGCUCUACACACAGCAGUCCUGAAAGAUCAGAAUACAGGAAUGGGGGCAGUGGUGAAGAAUGUAGAGACCGUUUCAGAGAGAGGUUUGGCUCCAGUGAUAGAAAAUGUGCUAGUUUACCAAGCAGCCCAGAAAGAAGAGUGCUGCUACAAUAUAAUGAUGACAAUAGAAAACCAGGGGAUGGCACCUCACACACCAAUGCAAGUGAUGCCUCUAAACCUUUUCAAAUGUCAUCUUCCAAAGUCAGUGCUGUCAGGCUACAAUUUGAACAACAGGCUCAGAAGCAAGAUAAAAGUGCCCAAUGGGGACACACAUCUAAUCCCCCAGUAAGAAAACUCCAGGAAAGUAAACUGCCUGUGUAUCAAGUUUUUGCCGGCUCAAAUAUCCCUAAAUCACCAGACAGUCCAGGAACCACCAGGAAAGUCCUAGAUAGUGAGGUAAGAGGAUCUAGUGGACCAAGCCCCAAUACUAAUAGGUAUAUUUAUUCAUCUCCUAAACAUGUCAUGAAUGAAAUUGAACAGGAAGAAAAGAAGUAUUGCAAAACAUGGGAAUGUCAUGGAAAUGGAAACUAUAAACCCCAAGUGUCAAAACUUGCUAACACUUCUGUUCAAAAUGUACAUGACCAUGACAGCAACAAUUCACCAAGAGAACUGCAGAGUUUUAGAGAUGGAAUAGCAAGUAAUGAAGAGACAACCAAGAAAAUAAUAUAUACUGAGCUAGUGGUCCAAGAAAACCCAAAUAGUAGAGAUGUCCGUACUUGUAGUCAAAAAAAAAACUCGGAAUCACAAAUUCCAGUUAGAAUGCCGUCUAGUUUGUCAGAGAGUCAUCAAUCCACUUCAUUAAGGUUAGAAACUUCUGUUAAACUGUGUGAAAGGGCAGGGUCACAAAUACCGACUUUAACAAAAAAUCGGUUACACAGAGGUUGUGAAGGCAACAAACCUACGAACAGCUCAUCCUUAGGAAAAUGCUCUGACUCUAUUGAUAGUAAUCUGUCAACUAUAGUGUGUAAUGGUAUCGGUAGCGACCAAGUAGAGUACUUGGAAAAUAUAACCCCUGUAGUUGUCACUGAGGGUUUCAAAGACAUCAAACCAUUGCCAGUUUAUGUUAGUAUCCAAGUUGGCAAGCAAUAUGAAAAAGAAACAGCUGAGCAGCUGGGAACAUACAAAAAGAUAGUGAGUCAUGAAAGUCGAACAGUUCAUGAAACAAGGGGAGCGUUUUAUUCUGUCAAACAAAAACAGCCCCCAUCCCCUCAAGGAAGCCCUGAGGAUGACACUCUAGAACAAGUUACUUUCAUGGACAGCUCAAAAAGUCCUGUUACACCUGAGACACCAAGUUCUGAGGAGGUGAGCCUUGCCUCUAGAACACCAGAGUCUGUGAUAGGUUACAUUCCCAGUAUGCCAAGUCCAAUAGCUGAGGAGUCAGAGGAAGAUGAAGGACAGACCUUAAUUUACAAGGAGUCUCUGCUUAAGAAAGCCAAGACUGCCUCAUCAGAACCUUCCAACAGAAAUCAGGAAACAUUGAAACAUCCAAAGGAGAAAAGAGUUGCUUACAUUGAGUUUCCCCCACCUCCACCUUUAGAGGCAGAACAAUCUGACCCUGAGAAGAGGGGGUCUUGUGCCUCCUCAGAGGCUGAGACAGAGAUGAUGGAGGUAAAUCUCCAAGAGGAGCAUGAUCGGCACCUCCUUGCAGAGCCCAUUAUCAGGGUUCAGCCUCCUUCACCAGUUCCCCCUGGAGCAGAUGACAGUGACUCUAGCGAUGAUGAGUCUGUCUUCCACCCCAUCCCCAACAAAAAGUACACCUUCAAGAUGAAGGAAAAGGAGGAAGGAGAAAAGCGUUUGAAACCCAAAAAGCCUGAGAGGAAUGGAAACAACAAGGAGUCAGGAACUAAUGGUGCUGAAAAAGCAGAGGAUAUCGACUUGGAGCCAAAUGGCAAUGACCAGUCAAUCACAGACUGCUCUAUAGCCACAACUGCUGAGUUCUCUCAUGACACAGAUGCAACCGAAAUAGACUCUCUCGAUGGUUAUGACCUUCAAGAUGAGGAUGAUGGGUUGAGUGAGCAAGACCCUAAAACACCCAGUCUGUCUAAUGACGGCAAGACAUGUGAUCGUUCAUUUAGUCAAUCCAAGCUUGAAGUCAUCGAGGAAGAGAAAACGCCAAGCGAGGAUGGAGGUGAUAAUGUGAAAGCAAACUCGGACCAAAACCCUGGAGAUGAAAAAGAUUACACUCUUGAGGGAAGACAUCCAGAUAGACUCGGAGAUAAACAUGGCUUUGCAGAUAGCUACUUUGGGUAUGAACUCGAAGAGGAGUUAAACUCUACCUUCAAAACGGUUGCCACAAAAGGCUUGGACUUUGACCCCUGGUCAAGCAAAGGCGGAGAAGGAGAAGGAGUUUUUGAUACCAAAGCAAAAGAAGAAGAUCCCAAGCCUUUUGGGUUGUCUGUGGAGGACAAGUCACAAGCCACCACUCCAGACACUACCCCUGCUAGAACCCCGACUGACGAGAGCACACCAACUAGUGAGCCUAACCCUUUCCCCUUCCACGAAGGGAAGAUGUUUGAGAUGACACGCAGUGGUGCAAUUGACAUGAGCAAGCGGGACUUUGUUGAAGAGAGGCUUCAAUUUUUCCAGAUUGGUCCUCAGAGUCCCUGUGAGAGAACAGACCUGCGCAUGGCCAUCGUGGCUGACCACCUGGGACUUAGCUGGACUGAGCUGGCCCGAGAAAUGAACUUCUCCGUGGAUGAGAUCAACCACAUUCGAGUGGAGAACCCCAACUCCCUGACUGCACAGAGCUUCAUGCUGCUAAAAAAAUGGGUCAGCCGGGACGGUAAAAACGCAACCACGGAUGCCUUAACUGGAGUGCUGACCAAAGUUAAUCGGAUGGAUAUUGUGACUUUACUGGAGGGGCCGAUAUUUGACUAUGGUAACAUUACAGGCACGAGAAGUUUUGCCGAUGAUAGCGCUGUUUACCUGGAUCAGGCUGAUGAUUGUCACAGCAUCCUAGCAGAGCUGCAGUACCCAGCCGAACUGCACUCUGAACCUUCCGUCACGGAGUGCCACUCUAAAUCCCCUACCCUUACCAUUGAUCCCGACCCCAACCCUGUCCAGUUACACCCAGACCCACCUACCUUUAUCCUUACCCAAUCUGGGCCGUGGACCGACCACGAGCUGCCUGGCGUGGACCCUGACACCUCCACUAGGAAUCCUCCUAGACCCAGUGAGCUGUCCCUGGCCAUUCCCACCCAUGGGUCAGAUCCCCCCCUUGCCACCAACACAGGAAUGUCUGAAGGUGACCAGGUGCUGAUAGUCGGAAUGGAAGAAGAGAAAAAGGAAGUGGACUCGAGCCUCCGGCGGAUUACCUUUUCUUCUCCUGAACAAGUCCCCUUGUUGUUAUCGCCGAGCUCAACGUCACCACUGGGGGAAGAGCAACGGGAAGCCAUGGGACCGUCAGGGGACGAGGGCGCUCUGGUGGUUGUGAAGGGAGUUGACGAGGAGAUGGUAGGGACGUGUGAGGUUGCGGACGAGGGUGAUAAAAUGAUAGAAGAGAGGGAAAAGGAAACAAUGAAUGCGGCUGUGGUUGUGGAAGAGGGCCCUGAGAUGAUGGCAGAGGAGGGGGGGGAUUAUCUCUUGCCCCAGGCCUGGGCUGAGGCAUUAGGGGAGCAGGCCGUGUCUGGUUCCACCGAGGAAGAGGACGGGGACGAAGACGCGAUUACAGACGAGAAGUCGCUUUUGGAGGAUAUUCAUUUGGAGGAAGGCUCAGAGGAGAAGGAGAUGACGGAGGCCAGGGUUCAGGGGAUUCUCAGUGAGGUGCAGCAGGCAGAAAAAGACAUGUGUUCACUUCCAGGUUGGCACAGUGAGACAUCCAGCAUCAACGUGGAGCCACCCACACCUGGCCGCAGUGUGAGCUCAGACCUGCUUGACCGCCAAGAAAACAGCCAGGAGAACUCCAGUGACUCCAUCACGUCUUCCUCUAGAGGGGAGCCGGGGAGGACUAGGCAGAAUGGUGAUCCCACAGAGUUACCACCACAGGAUGGGUCACUUCCUGCAUCGCAGGACCCAGCCAACGGAAGAACCGGACAUGGCAAGGAAGAAGGCACAUUUGUGUCCCAGAAAAAAGUCCAGCGUUUUAGUGAGUCCGGCUCUGAUGAGGAACGGAUCGUCACUACCAGGGUGUUUCGACGCCGGGUCGUUCUUAAGGGAGAACAGGCAAAGAAUAUUCCUGGCGAAUCAGUGACAGAAGAAAAAUUCACAGAUGAAGACGGUAACAUCAUCACUAGAAAAGUCAUCAGAAAGGUCAUCCGGCGGGUAUCCACGCCAACACCUGAUGACCAGGGCGGGGACAGGGGGAAGUGGGAGAAAGGAGACCCCUGGCUCUGCCCUUUCUUACAGGAGGAGCUAGAGCAAGGAGAUGGAACUAAAAACAGGAGAAAAAUGGAGAGGAGGUCAGGAGAAAAGAAGCUUCACUCAUAGGGCUAGCUGUUCUCCACCAGGGGUGCAGACAUUGUUCUCAUCUGUUUCCAGGGCAGAAGGUUACAGACAUCUAGAAAACCCAAGGGAAGUCAGACUCUCCUGCCUAAGGCCGUGACCCAUCUGAUUUUAGCAUGAGCAUGAAAAACUCAAACUGUCAGUUGAGGGACCUGGAAGGUUCUCAACAUGGAAUCUGAAUUCAAAUUCUCACUUCCUGUGAUCUAUGGACCAGUAGAAUUCUGCUUCCUGUUUGUGACUUGUAACGUGCCAUUGGUGUCAUGAAAGCUUUUGAGGUGCAAUAACGUUACAAUGAAAAAUGACUCCAUUACAGAAAAACGACAAGUGCAACAGAACACACACUUCCCUGUGACCAAAGAUGGCACACAAGCUCAAUUCUAGUUGUAGAAGAGAAAAACUCAAUACAAUUACACAAGAGGAACAUUUCUGAUCCACUCCAACACUCGCCUUAUAGCUUUUUUCUUGGACCCAUAAAUGUCAGUUUGUAAAUUAUUGGGGGGUUGGGGUUCUUUUUAAAAACAAAAAUACUACAAGGCAUUUUCUGUAUAUAAAUUACAAUGUGUACAAUUCUGAAAUGAUGAGUUACAGGAUGAUAAUGAACAGUAGAGGACUUUACAAGUGCUUUCAACAUUAUUAUCAAAAUAGUUCCAUUUUUAAGGAAGAUUUGAGUGUAACUUCUUGUAUAAUUAAUUAUUAUAGCAAGUAUAAUGUUUGUAUAUGAAAAAAGCUGGAUCAAUUUUAACAGAGCAAAUUUCCAGAAAAUCUUCUGCGAAUUGCAGUGAUUCCCAAAAUGGGGAUUUAUCUAAUUCUGCAAAAUCAGUCUUUCAGAGUACUCAUAGUUUCAUGCAUGCCAUUCACAUUAUUUUAAGUAAAAUUUUUACAAGUUUGCGAACACUGUAUUUAACUUACCAUUUAAACCCUUUAUCUGUGUAUACAUACAGCCCAAACAUUGACAUUGUUACCUUUUUUAUAUUUGAAAUGAAAUAAAAAACUAAAGCAUUUGUUGUGUUGAGGGAUGAGGAAUAGUAUGAAGGCAAUUAAUUCUAUAGCUUUUUGAGGGUUUAAUGUUUUACCGUUUGUCUAUGUAAAACUGAAGGACAGCUUCUGCAGGCAUUAGCAUAAAGGCUAUGAGAAAGAAGUAAUCUGAAUGUAUAUGCUAGUAGACUGGCUUGCAGUAAAACUAACUGUUUUGUGUAUUGGCUAUAAGAGGUCUCUGUACGCUGUAAGACUGUUUGUAAUCAUUUUAGCAGUGUGUCAUUUGGUUUUUAUAAAGGCUGCUGUGGUUUUAAAGAAGAGGCAGAGGCAUUUCAUUUUGGUUUUUGUGAAGUAUUUCCUUAAGUUUAUUCUACUCACAUAAAGACACAUAAGACAUAAUUUGAUUGUAGCUCUUAAUAGCAUAAUGUAUGACAAAACACUGGAUGGUCAAAACAAUUAUUUAAGCAUAAAAUAAAUUGUGCUGAACUCUGAACUUGUGUGAUCUUUUUAGGCUUGAGAAUCUGUAUGCAGUGUCUAACUUGCAUUGUUUUGAUAGCUCAUUGGCAAUUACUUUACAUUAGGUCUUUGUAUUGGUUUGACUAAAAGCCCAUUUAGUUAAAGUAUGGUGUUAUUCUGGUGUGAAGGCUCUGACUAAGUGUACUAAUGAUGUUUAUGCUGUGGACAUGAAAACCGUGUAAAGGACUUCAUUUUUUUGAAGUCAUUUAGGAUGUUGUAUCAUAUCUCCUAUCCUAUGUCAAUCAGGGUAGAGGGUCAUUUGAUAUGGUUAAACUAUCAAUUCUGUUGAUUUAAUUUGAUAUGUGUUUUCACCUGAGCAAAUCUUUCGAUGUAAAAUUCUUACUAACAGAGUGAAAUCAUUGAAAUGUAACUAUCCUAGCACUUUGGUUAUUCAAGGUCUUCUUUGAGAGGCUAUAGCAGCAGUGACGCCACCACAAUGUUUCAGACGUCAUAAACAUUUUCAAUUUAAAAACAAUAAAAAUGCAUUGAUUUUGCAA